AGAAAAGGGAAUCCAACGGGCGGUGCCAAACCUGAUCCCAUCACGCGGACAGACCUGCAAAGAUCACCCGUCAUAGACCAUUGUAACUUAGCUAGCUAGCAUCCGCCACUGCAAGCGAAUACGGCGAGACACAGGCAGAGCAAAGACGAUAGUGCAUAAAAACAGAGAUGGCAGGUAUUUUGGCUUGGUUUUGGAACGAGAGAUUCUGGCUCCCUCAUAAUGUAACCUGGGCAGACUUAAAAAACACUGAUGAGGCAACCUUUCCGCAAGCCGAGGAUCUGUAUCUGGCGUUACCUUUGGCAUUUUGCAUAUUCAUGAUACGGCUGGUUUUCGAAAGGUUUAUUGCGAGGCCUUGCGCCUUAGGCCUGAAGAUACAAGCCAACGGGCCUCAGAAAGCCCAGCCCAAUGCGAUUCUGGAGAAGGUCUUCACUGCUAUCACCAAGCAUCCAGAUGAGAAGCGGUUAGAGGGUCUGUCCAAGCAGCUGGACUGGGACGUGCGGACCAUCCAGCGUUGGUUCCGCCAGCGCCGGAACCAGGAGAAGCCCAGCACCCUGACCCGCUUCUGCGAGAGCAUGUGGCGGUUCACAUUUUAUCUGUACAUAUUCACGUAUGGAGUGCGGCUCCUGAAAAAGACCUCCUGGAUUUGGAACACCAGGGAAUGCUGGUACAACUACCCUUAUCAGCCCCUGACUGUGGAUCUCCACUACUACUACAUAGUGGAGCUGUCCUUCUACCUGUCCCUCCUAUUCUCCCAGUUCACUGACAUCAGACGAAAGGACUUCCUGGUCAUGGUCAUACAUCACCUGGCGACAAUCUCCCUGAUUACCUUCUCCUAUGUCAAUAACAUGGCGCGAGUGGGCACUCUGGUCAUGUGCCUCCACGACGCAGCUGACAUUCUGCUGGAGGCUGCAAAAAUGGCCAACUACGCCAAGUGUCAAAGGCUCUGCAACUUCAUAUUUGUCAUGUUUUCCUUGGUUUUUAUAAGUUCCAGGCUGGGAGUGUAUCCUGUUUGGAUUUUGAACACUACCCUUUUUGAAAGCUGGGAAAUCGUGGGCCCUUAUCCCUCCUGGUGGGUCUUCAACUUCCUGCUGCUCCUGCUGCAGGUGUUGCACUCCUUCUGGUCCUAUCUCAUAGUGAAGAUCGCCUGCAGAGCCAUCUCCAAAGGGAAGUCGGGAAAAUGGAAUCCUUUACAUGUGUCGAAGGACGAUCGGAGCGACAUCGAGUCCAGCUCCGACGAGGAGGAAGUUCCCCGCCCUGCUCUGAAAUUCCAUAGCAGCGCCACCAACGGGACUAAUGGGACCAACGGGACCAACGGGUACCUGACGGGCACCCCCUGCUCGGACGAACACUGAUCACCCCCACUUUGAGACAUUUUGAGCACUGGAAGGAUGUUGCAUACACAAUUAAUAGGUUAAUGUACGUGAGACACAAACAUCACCCGUUUGAUACUGGAAGUUCUUAAUAGAAUUUGUGAAUUCCAUUCCAUUUUUCUGUAUGGUUUUUUUUUCCACCCACCCCUCUCAUUUAUUUCUCCGACUGUCUGCAUCGAAGAGCAUUUAGUGGGAUGUCAUAUGCUAGCGUUCUCGUUGCGCGCCAGCCAGCUUCUCCUCCUGCAAACGAAUGGGGCCGUUUCAUUAGCAUUGUGUAAGCAUGCCGAGUAAGUGUAGUUCUGACAUUACGGAAGUGGUAUUUUAUUCUGUCUGUGUCUUUGGACAUUAUUUAUUUUUUAUAUAUAUAUUGGAGAAUUUUGGACAAAAGGGAUUUUUUUUUUGGAUGUGUUUUAAUAAUUUGAAUGUCAGUGUUGAAAAUCGCUAGGUCAUGGUUUGGCUCCUCAUCUUCUCUUGGCCCACUCGUUGUGGACAGGUGUUGGGCCCAGUCACCGGCUACCUGCUGUAGAUCUGGGUUUGCUUUCUAUGCUGCAGUGUCAUUCUCGCUAAAUCUGUGGUUAUUUGUUCCAUUUGCCGGUAAACCAUAAUACGUAUUCAAUGAUUUGUGAGGACCCACAAAACACACACUUAUUACACUUUUAAGCUGUAAAUGAGACCACCAGUAAGAGUAUUAUGUCUGUGUGUAAUUUUAGAGUGCUAAAACAUAUAUUUCAAGCUUAGGCUUUUUGCAAGUAUUCUUCAACCAUUUCUUUGUCUGUUUUUCAUUAAAGUGCCCUCUGGCACAUUUGGAAAACACUCAAAUAUCCAGACACAUUGUGGUAUUAAAUCUCCAAAGCUAUUAAAUAUUUGCAAGUAUAAUAUCCGAUUGAAAUGUUCAAUGAUUCCAGUCUCAUAAUUCAGUGGGCCGUUAUGGUUAUGUUUGGUAUGGUUAGGUUAUGUUUUAAAUUUGGGUAGCUGGUAUAAAUACCUGUACAUUUUGUUAUUUAUGAAUUAGGUAUACAUUUAUUCUUUCAACAAUGCCAUGGAAUAGGGUUUUCCUCCAAAAUUGCAUCAGUUUCCCUCUGUCCAGCAAACAUGCGUAAAUCUGAAAUCGGUAACGAUCAUUUCUUUUAACCAUUUCAAGCUCCUCUUUCUGAACAUAAAAGUGUCAAGCAAUGCAACUUGAUGGGAAACCCUAAAAUGGAAUAUUACAUAAUGAUGUUCCAGAAGUAUUCAUUAUUAAGACAACUGAAGAUGUAGAAGUACCAUUAUGUAGGUUGAAAUAAAUGAUUACGUUGUAUUAAAAACGAUGUCCUUUUUC